AUGUCAGAUUUAAAUUGGGUAUUAGAAGACAUUAAAAGUCAAAAUAAUCAACAACAACACGACAAAUUAUCAUUAGUAGAUGAUGAAUUAAAAAUCGUUUCAACAUGCGAAAAUGAUUCUAAACCAAAUCAUGCGAACAAUAUAAUAGAUGAAUUCGAAUCGAAACAAUCUGUUAAAACCACAGCCAGUGAAUCACCCGAUGAAAAUGAUUCUGAAUAUGAAGAUGUAGAAGCAGAAGACGACGAUGAUGAAAUAAAUGAUGCGUCCGGAUUAACUUCUAUUUCGAAUAAAAAUCCUUUUAAAUCAUGUAUGGAUGAUGAAGAAUUACAUCGGAAGGUGCAACCUCGACGUACCAUCAAUAAAAAACUUAAAGAUGACGAACAUUCAGAAGAUAAUGAAGACGAUGAUGAUAAUGAUAAUCAAAAUGUACCGAUUACAAAAAAGCCUGAUAAAAAUAAACAAGUACUCGAUGAUGAUAAUAAUGCUCAUAGUCCAGCUUAUAUUCCACGUAAAGGAAAAUUCUAUGAACAUGACGAUAGAACAUUGGAUGAAAACGAACGACCAAAACAAGAAAUAUCAAAACAGGAUAAUCGAUUUUAUACUGAUUCAGAUGCGAAAUGGCAGCAUGAUCUGUAUUUACGAGAUGAAGAAAUCUUAAAAUCUCGAUAUCCAUCCGACAAACAAAAUCGUACUUAUUUCGAACAUGGUAAUCAUCGUGAUCGAGAACAUUUUCCAUUAAAGGAUACUAACUCUCAAUCUAAAACAGAACAUAACUGUUAUCAUCAACCACAACGAGAUUACCAUGAUUAUCGUCGACGAAUUCCACAUACUAGUUAUAACAAAUUACAUAACAAUCGAGUAAAUAAUUUUGAUGUUAAGGAUUAUGGUCAACCAUUAUCGAAUAAUCGUAAUGAUAGUUACAAUAGAACUAUGAAUACUAAUGAAAAAUAUCAUGUAGCACCUCGUCGGCAACAACAACAACAACAAUCUGAUAAUACUAAUCUAUAUCAUAUUGAUGAACGAAUAUUCCAUCGUAGAAGAAAUUUUACGAAUAGUCAAUUUCAACAGCAAGCUAAUGAACUUAAACUUCACAAUAGUAAUCCUAGUCGACAAAAUCCAAGACGAUUCGAUGAAAAAUCGAAUGAACCUAAUCAAUUCAAACAUAACAACCAAUAUAAAAAUAAUAAUAGCGAAAAACUUCAACAAGAAUAUCGUGGUUUGAAGAAAUAUGAAUUCUUCGAAACGAAGAAUAAUUUACCGCCUCGUCUUCAAUUAGAUAAUCCUAAACGAAAUUUUACACAAAAACAACCAUAUCAACAAAAGCCAACAUUAAAUCUUUCGAGUCAACUAUCGAAUAUUGAACGGCCUAAACGAUAUUCAAACAUGCGUAAUCAUAUGACAAAUUCUAUCGAACAACAAACUCUAUCAUCUAAAAUGCAACAUUUUCAAGAUCAACGUAAUAAUAAGAAUGUUGAACUAAAUGAUUGGCCACAAGCACCACCGCCUCCAACAGCGUACUUUCCGCAACAAAAUACAACACCUCAAAUACUCUAUCAACAACCCAAUUCUCAAUAUGUACCGAUGAACUAUUCUCAACAGCGUAUUUAUUUGAAUUCACAAGUAAGCUUUAAAAAAAAUAAUUCAUAUAUAAUCUCUCAAAUAGUUGGAGGUACACAUCAACGUCGUUUAUUAAAAUAUUUACUUGAAGAUAAAAAUUAUAAUCCACUUGAAAGACCUGUUCUUAAUGAUUCACAUACAUUACAAGUAUCAAUGAGUUUAGCUCUGCAACAAAUAAUGGAUUAUGAUGAAAAAAAUGAAAUUAUUGCUAUUAGUGGUUGGUUAGUUUUUGAAUGGUUUGAUUAUAAUCUACAAUGGAAUCCAGAUGAUUAUGGAGGCAUCACUGCAGUACGUAUACCAUGUGAACGUCUUUGGACACCUGACGUUUUUCUUUAUAAUAGUGCUAGUGAGAACUUUGAAGGUACGAUGAAAACAAAUAUAGUUGUACAAAAUACUGCUGUUAAUUUGACUACUAAUAGUGAUACAGGUCAAUUGGAUGCAUAUGUUAAAAAUGCUGAAUGGGACUUAGAAGCUUUUAUUGCAGUAAGAAAAUCAGUUAAAUAUGAAUGCUGUCCAACUGUAUAUCCAUUUGUUCUAUUUACUCUUCAAAUACGACGACGUACGCUUUAUUAUGUGGUGAAUGUUGUUGUACCCUGUGUUCUCAUUAGUUUUAUGACUUUGCUUGGCUUUAUUCUUCCACCAGAUAGUGGUGAAAAAAUAUCGUUACAAAUUACUAUACUUCUGUCAGUUGUCAUGUUCAGUUUGUUAAUCUCAGGCAUUAUUCCAGCAAGUUCAACAGCAUUACCUAUUAUUGUUAUGUAUUUUACAACAGUUAUGUUAUUGUGUACGACAUCUGUAGUUGCUACUGUUUGUGUUCUCGUUCUUCAUCAUCGUAAUGCUAAAAGUCAUACAAUGCCUAUGUGGGUUAAAGUAUAUAUUAAUCAAUAUCUAGCAUGUAUACUAUGGAUGAAUCGUCCAGAGCACGAUCUAACUUGGAAAACAAUACGUCUUCAACAUCGUCGUACAAAAGAGCGCCAAAACAGUAUAACCAGUAUUCAAAACUGUGCACCUACACCAUUAUUAGCUUAUUCAUCAAAAUCUUUAUUAGCUAAUGUAACUAGCAUUGACGAUCAAGCAUAUGCAAGUAAUUCAUUACCGAAUAAUAUGAAUGUUUCUAUACAACGUCAACAAUCGAAAUGUAACAAUCCUCAUCAUCAUCAUUAUAGUCAUGAUCCGAAUGAAAUUUCACUUCCACGUGAUAUGCGUGUAUUUCGUUCAGAAUUACGUUCAAUAAAAGCUGAAGUUCGAUUUAUAACAGAUCAUAUUAAAAAAGAAGAAGAAGAAGAUGAUGUAUCACAAGAUUGGCGAUUUUCAGCUAUGGUUCUUGAUCGUUUAUGUCUUAUUGUUUUUUCUAUACUAACAACAACGUUAAGUUAUUACACCCUUUUUUCUGCUAAAAACUUUUUAAAACUUCGAUAA